AUGCCAGGUUGGAAACAUGCGUUCUCUCUUCCAUGGGCGGCCGUCAAGGCUGCCACGCCGCCUGGGACUGUCGUUCUCAUUGAGCACGGUGUCACGUAUCGCCGAGGAAGGUACGUGAACGAAGUCGUCAAAUGCCCCAGGCCGACCGAAGACCCAACCGACCCCUUGAACUGGCCUGGUUGGUUUAAGGUGGCUUGUAUGACGACGGUGGCGUUCUACGCCUUCGCCGCCAACUACAUCUCGACCGCGGUCGCGCCCGCCCUCCCAAUCUGGAACCUCCAGUUCCCUGAGGAGCCGCGGGCGAUGAAGGAUCUCAUGGGGUUUAUCUCCUUCAACGUGCUCGUGCUCGGCCUAGGUAACAUCUUCUGGGUCCCCCUGUCAAACAUCUUUGGCAGACGCCCCGUCUUGGUCCUGUCGACGCUCCUCUUGGCUGUGUCGACAGGACUUGGGAUGCACUUGAAGGGAUUCAAGACGACCUUGAUCCUUCGCAUCCUUCAGGGACUUGGAAGUUCGGCUUCCGAGACAGUCGUCCCCGCGGUAGUGGGCGAUCUGUUCUUCGUCCACGAACGAGGCAAGUGGAUGGCAUUCUACACGGCCUUCCUUGCCAGCGGUUCUGUUCUCGGCGGUAUCACUGGCGGUUAUAUCGCCGCGCGGAUGGGCUGGGCCAAGCUCUUCUGGAUCGGUGCCGGCCUCGCUGGCUAUGCACUCUUCUCCAUGCUCUUUUCGGUCCCUGAGACUCUUUUCGAGCGCGGAGGGUUCAUGCUACCGAUCCAGCGCAACCUCCCAGACCCAGAUGAGUACCGCCCCCGGUACCGCCCGUCGGCUCAGUUCUCGUCCAGAAUCAACCAGCUUAAAAACAGGGCUUCCACCUGCCAGUCGCUUCUGGCUGACAGCCGCCCUCUGUCAAGCCCGGCCCCAGCGAUCAGCCUGGGUACUCUACCAUCGGCCCGGCUCACCAUCCCGCCGGACUUCCAGUACCACGGUCCUCUCGACCCGCCCAUGACGUGGUACGACCCCUCGUCGUCCAGCGAGGAGCUGCCCACCGCGGCCGAGCCCCCAGCACGUCAGACUGACGGUCUAACAGCUUCCUCUUUCCGCACGGCGAAGUAUGACAACCGCUUCUCAUGUACUACUUCGACCGAGGAGGCCCCGACCAGCAACUGGCCCAGCACGCGGAACAGUUUUGCGCCGAUCAUGACACCCGCGGUGCGAGACAAGAGGGCACAACCCCUUGCUGCGCCUCCGGAGCAACAAGGGGAGGGCUGGCCGUUGCGUUCGUUGCCGGUUCGCCACAAACAGACCGUGCUGGCAUUCAUCAAGUCCCUCAACUGGCUAGGCACCUACCGCGGCAACUGGGUGCACUACCUCCUCAAGCCGUGGAGGACACUCCGGCUGCCUGCCACAUGGGUCGUCAUGCUCCAGUACGGAGGGCUGGUCGGUAGUGUGGCAGUCAUUUCUACUGUUGGGCCGCAGAUCCUGUCUCUUCCUCCAUACUCAUGGGGUGAGAACACGGGUUUGUUGUUUGUCGGCUCGUUGGUUGGUAUCCUGCUUGGUGCAGGCUGUGCCGCUCUGCUGGUUGACUGGCGGUUGAAGAGGCUAGCUUGGAACCAGGACCGUGGCUAUGCCGAGCCAGAGACGAGACUUGCGGUGAUGGCGCCGGCGCUGGUCAUUGGUACCUCCGGGCUAUUGGUCUUUGGGUUUUGCGCACAGUACCCAACUAAGCUGGGCUGGUUGGGUUUGGAGUUUGGCAAUGGCAUGGUGGCAUUUGCCCUGUCACAGGUGCCGUCGAUUUGGUUCAACUAUCUUAUCGACGCUUAUGACCAACUGGCAAGCGACUGCUUCACCAUCAUUUGCGUUCUUCGUGGUCUUAUCCCAUUUGCCUGGACGUUCUUUGUCACACAGUGGGUGGAGCGCCAGGGAUUCUUGAUUCCCUUCGGCGGGUUCACCGCAGCUAUGGGGCUGUUCUCACUUCUCAUUCUCCCGAUCAUCCAUUUAGGCAAGCGGAUGAGAAUUGCUAUGGCACGAUAUAUAGUGGAUAACCAAUAG